GUUAUGGGCCCAGGGCGAAGAUACUUUUUAACGGAGACGAGAGAAAAUAUGAGCUAUGGGAGACGAAAUUUAUGGGAUAUCUCCACAUUUUAAAAUUGAAAGAAACGGUAGAGAGUGCUGAACCAAAUGAAGCGAAAAACGCAGAUGUUUAUGCGGAACUAAUCCAAGUUUUAGACGACCGAUCGUUGUCAUUGGUGAUGAGAGAUGCAAAGGACGAUGGUAAAAAGGCCAUAAGCAUACUCCGAGAGCAUUAUAUGUCAAGUGGAAAGCCAAAAAUCAUCGCACUAUACACCAAGUUGACUACACUUAACAAAGGCGAAGCCGAGAGUGUAACCGAUUACAUGUUGCGGGCCGAGGCGGCUACAGCGGCAUUAAAGAAUGCCGGUGAAGAA